AUGUUGUCGAUUUCUUCUCGGUCAGCGUCAUUGUCAUCCGUUUAUGAACAAUCUACUAACUCGAAUAAUCCGAUAAUAAAACAAAUCACGGUUGAUCAAAUUUAUGGAAUAAUUGCGAUAUCAUUGAGCGCAAUAUCUAUUGUACUCAGUUUUACGUCAUUACCGAUAUUUAUUAAUAAAUUAAAUGAGUUGCAAACUAAUACUAUCAAUGAAUUUAAAAUAAUUAAGGAAUUAUCUGAAAAGGUUGAGGAGGAUAUUGUGGAACUUCAAUCACAAUUCAAUAUAGUGAAAAUUAGCGCCGCUGCUUUAACAGAUGAUCAACCGCCUGAAGGCUAUAUUCCAUUUCCUUAUCAAGAAAUUCAGUGGAAAGCCUUCGAUGAUCUAACUGGAAACAAUGAAAAUAUUCACGAUUAUGAUGAACUUUUAUCGAUACUGGACCACAAAAGAGAACGCGAUUAUACGAAUCGCCGUAUAGCCCAUAAAUAUGGGCCCAAUUACAUAUAUAGACCAUUGAGGACGGGCCCUAAUGGCGGUGACCGAGUAAGAAUUAAAGGAGGAUAUAUAAAAAGCAGAAAUAGUGGAUGGUCGUCGGGCAUCAUGGCACCUUCCCACAUUCCUUUUGGCCAUAUUGAAACCGAUUAUACAGUAAAAAUUGAUCAAGAAUCAUGCAUAGGCAAACCUGGUGCUCCAGGAUUAGAUGGAUUAGAUGGCACCGAUGGUGAGGAUGGCGUUGAUGGGCUUCCUGGAGCGGAUGCAUAUGAGCAAGAUGAUGAAUGUAUAAUUUGCCCAGCAGGAAAACAAGGUCCACCUGGACCACCUGGUCCGAUGGGACCGCAGGGAGCCAAAGGUGAUAAAGGAAUGCCAGGCGAUCCUGGAACCCCUGGAAUAGAUAAUUAUGAACGUGGACCACCGGGUGAUGAAGGACCUAGAGGUUCACCAGGAUUGCCAGGAACACGAGGCGCACCAGGUGAAGAUGUAAUCAGUGGCAUUGGUAUCCCAGGUUCACCAGGACCUCCAGGACCACAAGGCCCACCCGGAUUGCCAGGGAGAAAUGGAAUACCUGGAAUCGUACGAGGCGGAUUGGAAGGCUCCAUUGGUCCACCUGGAGAGCCUGGAGAUGAUGGCGAUCCAGGACCAAGUGGUUCAGUUGGUGAACCAGGUCUUCCUGGAAUUGAUGCUGCGUACUGUUCAUGUCCUCCUAGGAAUCUGGCUAGCUAUAGCUUUUACAGAAGAGAUCAUCCAAGAGAUAUCAGUCUAGCCAUACCAGAUCAAAAUGGAUAUGAGAGGAUUGCAAUGUUUUGCAUUGUCGUGCUACAUUGGCUAAGGCCGAAUGUUAGUGGUUCAGUUCCUCUCCUUUUACUUAAAAGAGAAGUUCAGGUGAAUAUUUUUAUUCUUCUCUACAAAAGAUUUUGUGAUAAAGGGAAACAGCGACAAGUGUUAGCCAAACUAUUGAGUAUUGUUUGA